AUGGCGGCAACGAACUGUUCGAAUGGCAGCGCUGAGGAGAAGGUCAAGAUCAUCAUCGUAGGAGCAGGCUUUGCUGGCUUCGCGUGUGCCAUCGAGUCGAAGCUCAAGGGUCACGACGUGAUCCUCCUUGAGAAGUUCCCCAAGCUCAAGAUUCUAGGUGAUAUCAUCUCCUUCGGUGCAAACGCAGGGCGUAUCUUCGAGCGCUGGGGAUGGCACGAUCGCUUCUGGCCCAUCUGCACACAUCUGAAGACGUUCCACCUCCACACAUGGAAAGGUGACUUGAUCUCUGCUCAGCCGCUCGAGGAGAUCAGGUUCGGUGCGCACCAGUACAAUGGGCAUCGGGGUGAGCUGCACGAGAUCUUGAUCGAUCAUGCGCAGAACACUCUGGGAGCAGGUGUCGUUGUCAAUGGCGAGCGUCUCUCUGCCGAUGUGGUUGUUGGCGCCGACGGUGUGCGUUCGAAGGCUCGUGAGAAGGUCCUGGGAUACUUUGACAAGCCUCGCCCGUCGGGCUACGCUGUCUACCGUGCCUGGUUUACUGCCAAGGGCAGUGGCAUUGAGGAAGAUCCUAUGUCCAACUACCUGGUUGAGGACGGCGAUGCCUUCUACGGUUGGAUUGGCAAGGAUGUUCAUUUCCUGUGCUCCUCCUCCAAAGGCGGAAGGGACGUCAGCUGGGUCAUCACCCACAAAGAUGAAGCCGAUAUCGAGGAAUCUUGGUCCUUCCCUGGAAAGAUGGAGGACGUGCUCAAGAUUGUCGAGGAUUGGGAUCCACGCUGUGCUGCAAUCCUCUCCAAAGCACCGAGUUGUGUCGACUGGAAGCUCGUCUACCGAGAUCCCCUUUUAACCUGGCUGAGUCGUAAGGCGAGGAUUGCUCUCAUCGGCGAUGCUGCUCACCCUUUCCUUCCGACGAGUGCGCAAGGUGCUUCCCAAGCCAUUGAGGAUGGCGUGACUAUUGCUGUUAACCUCAAGUUAGCCGGGAAGAAGAACGCUCAGCUUGCGCUCCGUGCCUUUGAGAAAAUGCGCUAUCCGCGCGUGCGUAAGACGCAGAUCACGGGCGAGACGAACCGCGACAAAUGGCACAACGCGGACGAGGACAAGGUCAAGAAGGACCCGGAGUCUGUCAAGCUCUUCAAUGAGGAGUGGAUCAUGGGCCACAACGCGGAGACGUAUGCCUUUGAGCAUUACGCCGAAGUGGCGAAGGAUAUCCAGGAGAACGGGUACAAGUUACCUGAUCUGGAGGAUGACGAUAAGGCGAAGGAACGAGUGAUGGAAGCCAGGGAAGAAUACCUCGCACGGGCCAUCUAGAUUGUAUGUAUG